CGAGAAACAAAUUUUGGAAAAAGGUGGAGUGAUAAAGCCAAUUCAGCAAAAGGUGCAUGUAAAAGUGGUUGCAAAGUUGUUCUCGUGGUUAAAUUAAGCAGCAUUACUAGCUAUCUAUUCGAGUUGUGUAAGCGUAAUUGUGUUGCCAAAGAAGUAUCCGUGUCUCCCGGCGUGGGUAUAUCCUUCUUAUAUUCGGCGUUGAUUGAUUCCGAUUCGUUGGCGUGUCGAGUCGUUUCACCUCUUUCACUACCUGUGCGUCGUCGCCGUCGGACUCUGCAUGGAUAACGACAGCGAUCAAAACAAUCGCGACCGCUCGCGGCGUGGAGACCGACGAAGCGGGGCCGGUUCCCGUUUUAGCAAUGAUCGCGAUCGCAGCCGUGAUCGCGAACGAAGCGACUGCCGACGCAUCUAUGUGUCGAACGUACCGUACGAGUAUCGCUGGCAGGAUCUGAAGGAUCUUUUCCGCAAGGAGGUCGGUGAUGUGUCGUUCGUUGAGCUGUUCCACGAUGAAAAUAACAAGCCUCGGGGCUGCGGCAUUGUUGAAUUUGAAAAACCGGAACACGUCCAAAUGGCACUGGAAAAGAUGAAUCGCUACGACAUUAACGGGCGGAAUCUAGUGAUCAAAGAGGACUACGGCAACGAACGGGACAAGUACGGCCGGGUGGUACCGAAGUCGUUCCGAGGCAACGAAAACGACAACCGUCGUCGCGACCGGGACGAUGAUCGAAUGUCCGGCCCAUCCCACGGUGGUGGUGGUGGUGGCGGUGGCGGCGGUGGAAGCGGUGGUGGCGGCGGCGGCGGUCUUGUCGGUGGAGGCCUUGGUGGUGGUGGUGGUGGUGUCCUCGGCGGCGGCAAUCUCGGUGGCGUCAGUGUCGGGGGAGGUAGUGAUUUUUCGCAGGAUUACAAUACGUACGGUCUGAGCGUCAAGUUCUUGGAGGGGUUAGGCAUUCAAGGCCCGUUGCAUACGAAGAUCUUCGUCGCCAAUCUCGACUACAAGGUAGACGCAAAGAAGCUGAAGCAGGUGUUUAAGUUGGCCGGGAAAAUCCAAAGUCUCGAUCUGUCCGUCGACAAGGAUGGCAACAGCCGUGGGUUCGCAGUCAUUGAAUACGACCAUCCGGUCGAGGCGGUGCAGGCCAUCUCGAUGUUCGACCGCCAAAUGCUGUACGAUCGCCGCAUGACGGUUCGGCUGGACCGCCUGACGGAGAAGAGUGAAAUGAACCGCCUGCCGGAAGGUCUCAAGGGCAUCGGCAUCGGGCUCGGACCGAACGGCGAACCGCUCAAGGACGUGGCGCGCAAUUUGCCCUCGCUGCAGCAGCAAAAUACGGCCCUGCAGAGCUCGGCGCUUACAAAUUCCGCCCCGACGCCCGUCCAGCCACCGCUGACGGCUAGUAAUCUGCUCAAUUCGGCCGCGACAAACAAUCUGUCCGGGCUGAACUCGAACCUGGCGGCCCAGCUUAGCAACGUGGUCGGUCUGUCCAAUCUGACCGGUGGUUUACAAAAUACGCUGCUCUCCAACGCGGCCGCCGGGCUUUCCAACCUAAGCGGUCUCGGUGGGCUCGGUGCGGCGGCGGCGGGAGGCGUUGGUGGUGGGCUGGGUGGUGCCGGCGGAGGUCUUGGCGGUGCACUCGGUAACAGCCUAUCCGGCGCGCUCAGCGGGCUUGGCGGUGGCGGCGGUAAUGAUGGCGGGCUGGGCUCUAGCUUCAACCAGAGCUACUCGUCCGGAUUCGGUAACGGAGGCAAUCGGGGCAACGACUACGACAUGGGCUCUUCGAAUGUACGCAACUACAGUACCGCGCCGAACGAUGACUACGGUCGCAACUACGGUGGACUAAACAACGGCAACCGUAAGACGUCCGACACGAUCGUGAUACGUAAUAUGCCUUCAUCUUGGACCUGGCAGACACUUCGCGACAAGUUCCGCGAUGUGGGCGAAGUGAAGUUUGCCGAAAUUAAAGGACAAGACACGGGUGUGGUUCGUUUCGCCAAGGAGCGAGAUGCUGAUGUUGCUAUAAAACUAAUAGACGGGUCGCGUUUCGAAGGGCGAACGAUUGACGCAAAAUUCUUUUAAGUGAAGGCAAUAUUGUUUUCCCUAUAUCGCUCUAGCAAUAUUUCCUAAGUUUUCCACGUUGUCCUUUUUAUCCAGUCCGCCCCCGCCCCCUAGACGGUCGUCUUUUCUACCGAUCGCAACAGCAUUACUAGAACCAGAAAAAGAGGCCAAGGUGUGUGAGGAAAAAAAGCAACACUGUUUUUUGAUGAUCACGUUCGUAAAUCUUCUAACCUGUACAAAAACGGUCCAUUGUGCGGAGAUGCUUUCCAAAAUUCGAACAGCACUAAAUUCGGUCGAUUCCACUCCACCAAAUCAGCGUCGAUUGAUCCGUUAGGCAGUCAGUCAGUCAAUCAGUCAGUCCAUCCAUCUUUGCACGCGUGUUCGCUGGUACUCUGCGCCAAUACCUAUGGACAACGGCGUGUUAUUUUACAUUGUCCUGCGGCGGACUAGGUUUUUGCUUUUGGUUUUGUGUUUGGUCACUUUGCUCGGUUGCAAGCAGCGCGCGUUUUUUUCUCACAUUGUUUUUGACCGGCUUCAAUGUUCCUCCCAUCUAUAGUACAACUUCUGAGUGGAAAUUAUUUCUUCAACAAACCAACAGCAUACAACGUAGUAUAGUAGAAAAGCGUUAAACAAACAAAAUACAAAAACUCACGCAUACACAGGAUAUUCGAUAGGAACGUGCACAUGUCAGAUCUUUCUACCCAUAAUGUAUGGAGUGUCAUGAUCAUUUUCACGAUUCUUGCGCGGUCCACUAAACCGACCAAUCAUCGUAACAACCGGAAACUCUUGACCAUUUGACGCCGAUGCACACAAACUCGUCGUCUCCAAAAUGUUACAAACAAGUCCAAGCAGAAGUGGUCAUUUGAGGAGGGUGCAUUUCUUUUCUAUUUCGUGGCCCUGGAAAAAAUCUUAUAAUGUAAUGAUAUGAUCUAAUUUUAAUUGUGUCUUCUGUUGAGCGAACAAGUGACAUGUGUAGCCGGAACAAUAGUAUCCAUUCAUACCCACAUAAGUGCUAGUUUCUACCGAUUAUAGACAGCAAAACUGCUAGUGUCAUAUGUUUCACUGUAGGAAACAUUUUAAUCGCCCGUAAGCAAACGAUUUAUCGAACCGUAAAUAAAUAACUUUCAGUUUUAUCAAAGUACAAACUACAAUAAUUAAAA